GCAGACUAUUGUGGCAUGCUGGACGAUCAACGGCGUCAAAAAGUUUUCUCAAGUAAACAUCACUACUAACCGCAGCUCAAAGACUAUAUUGGCACUGCUGCUCGCUGGUCUGGGUUGAGUUUGAGGAGACGGAACGUCGUGAGAAAGUAACAGGUGAUUAUCUCUGUUUGCUGUGGCUGCACACACACACUUGCCAUGGGCCAAGUUAAUGAACGACUGUUAGGCCAGAACUAACCCACCCUGACAGUCGGGCCGAGUGUCACGUGCACACGGCAAACAAGGCUGAGAAGAAGCGGACCAUCUUGACAGCAAGCAGCAGGACGCGUUCUUACAGCUGGCAGAUCCACAGCGGGAAUCUGCAGGUUCUGAUUCUGGUCCUAUGCUGCAGUCAGUCAUCAUGUGGCCGCUGAUUUUGGACCCGCUCAACCAGACCUACUAAUUUAUGCAGAGUGUGCGCACCAUGAUGGACGAGCUGGACAUCGUAGAGGACGGACACAGAGAAGCUUCCAGGCAGCAGGUCGCCUGCUUCCAGCCCGGUCCUACUGACCCAAUCACUCACCUGCUGGACGGACACGUCGAGUGGGACAGGAUAGCCCAGUCGGCCUGUCCAUCAUUGGGGGCGAGCAGAGAAAGCGAGCAGUGCGUUGUCAUCCUGCACGCCAAAGUCGCUCAAAAGUCCUAUGGCAACGAAAAGAGGUUCUUCUGCCCGCCUCCAUGUGUUUACAUCAGCGGCCAUGCUUGGAGGCUCAUGCAGGACUGCCUGACAGCAGGGAGUGGCGGCCUGUGCGGCUACAUGUGUGUGGACACCUCCGCUCAGACCCACGGCGACGCCUUCAAACUAACCUUUGACCUGCUGACCGACAGGAGGAUGUUCGCCUGCUCCAAGUCGCUGUUCAUCUCGGACCAGGACAAGAGGAAGCACUUCCGCCUGCUGCUGCAGAUCUUCAUGGCCAGCAGACAGGAAGUGGGCUCCUUCCACAGCCGCCUGAUCAAAGUCAUCUCCAAACCGUCCCAGAAGAGACAGUCCAUGAAGAACGCAGACUUGUGUAUCUCAGCCUGCUCGCGAGUGGCUUUGUUCAACCGCCUUCGCUCACAGACAGUCAGCACGCGAUACCUUGCCGUGGAGGGCGGAGCCUUCAUCGCCAGCGCCAGACAGUGGACGGCCUUCACCAUCACACUGGUGGAGGAGCCCCGUUCUGACCGAGGCGACUUUGCGCUGAGUGAAGGAUUCGUCUGUUACGGUUCUGUGGUCCAACUUGUGUGCACUGAGUCUGGAAUCACUCUGCCCCCAAUGGUGAUCCGGAAGGUCAACAAGCAGCACGCCAUCUUGGAGGUGGACGAGCCCGUGUCUCAGCUGCACAAGUGCGCCUUCGAGUUCAGAGACAAACCUCAAGCCUACUUGUGUUUGUCCAACGACGCCAUUGUGGUGCAUCAGGCCACCUCCGGUGUCAGAGACCCCAACAGGGUGGUCCUGAAUGACGGUUCCUGUUGGACCAUCAUCGGAGUAGAAGUGGUGGACUUCACCUUCAACCAGGAGGCAGCCAGUGUUCAGACCCCCAUCAGUCCUUUCCCGGUGGUGAGCAGCCUGGAAAUCAAUGGUGGAGGUCACGUCGCCAUGUUGGAACUCUUCGGAGAAAACUUCGGCCCUCACCUCAAAGUGUGCUUUGGAAACACAGAGGCCGAGACCAUGUUCAAAUGUCCCAAAUCCCUGCUGUGCGUGGUCCCGGACAUCUCAGCCUUCAGCGUGGGCUGGCAGCGACGGUGCAGCCUGCUCACCGUGCCCGUGUCCCUCCUCCGCGUGGACGGCGUCCUCUAUCGCACGUCCUUCACCUUCACGUACACCCCCGAGCUCCAAGCGCUCCCCGCUGCGCUCAGGACGGCCGGCAUCACGAGGGACCACGUGGGCGAGGCGGAGCAGGAGGAGGACGUCCUGCUGGAGAGCAUCCAUCAAGAGUUCACCAAAGCCAACUUUCACCUCUUCAUGCAGACGUAGAUGUCCUUAGGCCCACAACUCCUUUUGACCACAGGGGGGCAGUAUGAAAGACAAAUCUUAUUUUCUGCCAUGGACAUCAUCAAUGUCCUACUGUCCUGACGAUGGACACCAAUACCCAAUAUCCCUCCAUCUUACUAAGGAACACCCCCUAAUAUACGUGGCCAACAGAGCGCCACGUGUCUGACUUCCUGUCGGGCGGCUGCAGCUCCUCGUCCUCAGUGGCAGGACAAACAUGGAGGAGACACAGACUCCCAAGCUUGGUCAUGGGGGAGAAACGUGAUCGCCUGUUCCAUGAAAGAGUCCAUUCUAAACUCUCUCCACCAACACACCUCCAUCCUCCAUCCGUUCCCCCCCCCCUCACACACAUACACACGCACACACACACUACCCCAGUUCCCUUUUCCUCCUCCUAUUCCUCUUCCUAAAAAUAUGUUUUGCAAGAAUGUCGAAGGUCAUGUCUAAUUAUGAAAGAAUCUUCAGAGAAAAGACCCUUGAUGCUCUUCACUCGAGCUUCCUGCAUUUCCUCAGCAGGGGGCAGUAAGACUCCUCAAUAAACUAAAUGUUUAACCUUGAUGGUCUUUGCAAGCAAUGUUUUACUUGACAUGUCCACAUAGGAUACGCAAAGAGAGAAAAAAAAAUGUGUGUGCGUGUGUUGGGCGCCAGUGCCAUAAAGGAAUUCAGUGUCUAACCUCCUGGCUGUCAAUCAUCACCUCCUCAGAACUCUGAUGGUCAGCAGAGCGUUCAGGAGACAAAUACACAUUCAUUUUGUUCUUGUGUCUCGUCUCAGGUGUUUGUAAACAUUGUUGAUUGUUUAUGCUUCUACACUCUAAGGAUGAAUGGGUGAAUGGACCGUAAGCCAUUAAUGGCCCCUUAAGACAGGCCUGGGCAAUUAUUUUGACUCGGGGGCCAAAUUUAGAGAAAAAAAUGUGUCUGGGGGCCAGUAUAUCUAUCGAUCGAUUGAUCGAUCGAUCUAUCUAUCUAUCUAUCUAUCUAUUAAUGUAUACACAAAAACUUCUGUACUGUAUGUGUGCUUGGGUCCUAUUUUUAAGAACACUAAUAAUGUCUCAUUGAAUGCUAAAAUGUUAUGACAGGCCGCCUUGAAACACAGAAUGGAAUUUAAUUUUUUUUGUACUGAAUGAGACACCCAGAAUGUACAUGAAAACAAAGAAUGUGGUAUUUACAAUAUUGACUAUGAACGAUAAAACACUGAAUAUUGACAACUAGGGCUGGGCGAUAUAUCGAUAUACACGAUAUAUUGCGGGUUUGUCUCUGUGCGAUAUAGAAAAUGACUAUAUCGUGAUAUUUCACUAUACGUUCUCACGCAGUUGCUUUUAGCUGCGGGCAUUACACUACAGGAUCUUCCCACUCCUUGUGUCUCCUUCUCACAGACAGCAAGCGCACAAACUUACAUACGUCGCAUACUGUCACGUCAUACGUCACAUGCGUAUACGCCCUCACGGAGCAGAGAGGUAACAGACUGGGUAAUGUUAGCUGUGAUGCUAGCGAAGCCGUGCGAGUGGUAAUACGAGAGAAAGAAGGUGCGGAUGAAGAAAGAAGUAAUUCCCAAGAAAAACAGCAGGCGGUCCAUCGUCUGGCGGUGGUUUGGCUUCAAGUGGGAAUAUGUCGAACAGACAACCGUAAUUUGUCAAGUGUGGGGCACAAGCGUUGCUACCAAAAGUAGCAUUAUUGCUAAUAUGUAGCAUCAUUUGUAAAGUCACCUGCUAGAGGAUGAAGAGUGCUAACUCCGCAUAUCAACAUCUCCAUUCGGUGCCACACGCCCACACCAUCAAAAUACAGAGGCAAACAUUUCAACAUCAACACCGUAUGAAAAAAAUAGAAUUUAAUAACGUCCAUAGUAACCUACCACAUAGCGAAGGACGAACACUAUUUGAUUUCCUAUUAUUCAGCUCAUUUUUAUUUGACACUUAAAAUGUCUCUGACAAUCUUGCACUUUCUGUUUUGGAAA